AUGAUAAGUAAUAGUAUUAUUGCGGUGGAUAUCCUUCCACAUCAUGAUGGAAAAGUAGUAAUGUAUGGUGCACCUAAUAAGGAUAUAACACACUUAGUUUCCGGUAAACUUCGUAUAAUCCUCUCGAGACCACAAAAUAUGAAAUUAAUAACCAUCAGAUUAAAAGGAAAAUCCGAAUAUUCUGAUUGGGAAGACCAAUAUUCAGCAUUAGAAAUAAUUAAACUUGAACAAAUUCUUCAUGAAAAAAAUACUUUACCUAGAGGUGUAACCGAUAUUGAUUAUGAAUUUAGGGUUCCCGGUAAUUUACCACAAACUUAUAGAACUAAUUUUGGUGUAAUUUUUUAUAAAUUGGUUGCCGUGGUUCAACCAGCUUCAUUAAUGUCAAAAUAUACUAGAGUCGAAAGAGGAAUUAAUUUUUUAAGACAUUAUUUACCUUGUAGGAGAGAGCUUUUACCUGCUCCUCCACAAAAAAUUUAUAAGGGUGAAAGAAAGGAUAUUAUAAAUUUUGAGUUGGAACUUCCUACAGUCAUUUACGUUAAUGAAAAAAGUUUAUUAAUCAGAUUAAAAUUAUGUCCAAAAAGCGACCAAGGUCGCAUAAAGAAGAUUCACUUUGAAUUGGUUCAAUCUGAAAAAUAUAGUGUUAAGCCAAGUCGAAAAGACAUGGAUGAAUUUUCGGUCGAUCCUGCUAAUUUAGUUUCCAUUGUUCCAUUAAAUGGUUCACCGUUAACAAAACGUAAACGAACUUAUCCUAUAGCCCCGACAACACUCAAUGUUUCCAAUGAAGUAGAUAAUUGGAAUAAUGCAUUGAUUUAUAACCUUCCGUUUGCACAAUAUUCCCGAGGCACUCGCAAAUCUCGAUUAAAAGCCACACUUAAAUCUCCAUUAAUGAAAGUUAGACAUAAAUUUCGAUUUGUAUUGAUGUUUGAAGAUGAAAAUGAAAAUGAUUUGGAAUUAGUGUUUCCAAUUAGUAUUACCACCAUUCCCGAAGAAAAGAAUUCUUUAUUUGCAGAUCUUUUUGCCGAUACCAAUUUACCUUCUUAUGAUGAUACUUUUAUGGAAAUCACAAAUUCGGAAAUUACAAAUGUAGAUGAAAGUGGACCAAUGUUAGUUCCUGAUAAACCAAAGCCGCCACCACCACCAAAACUAAAACAGAAAAAGAGUCUUUCAUUCAUAGGUCGUCUUUUACAUCGUAAUGAAAAUAAUUCACAUAAAAAAGAUUCUAGCACUUCAACAUCAGAUCCAUCUUCAGCUUCUUCAAGUCGUCGUGAACUUUUAUUUGAAGAAAGUCCGGAUACUUCAUUAACAUCAAUUGAACAUGUAAAUGCAAGUUGUUACUUGAACAUGCCCGAUGAAGAUGAUUUGGAUAGGAGUUCAGCUUUUGAGAUUCGUAGUGAACCCAAUAGUCCUAAAUUAAGUGGAAUUCCAGGAACCUUUGUAGCCUUAAAUGAUCUAUCGUCUAACGCUAUUUCAAAAUCACAUAGAAGGUCUGUGAGUCUUGAUUCAUCUGUGGUUGUUGAAUCGUCUUCAACUUUGAAUAGCAUUGGUUUAUCUAAAACACAUCAUCGACCAAGCAUUAAACAAAAAUCAACAAAACCAAACUAA